AUGUUUAAAUUAUUUAAAGUAUUAUUAUUAUUAACAUUCAUUAUAUUUAAUAGUGUAUCAAGUUUCGAACCUUCACCCAACGAAAUCAAGUACUGGACCAUAUUCAAAAAUUGGUGUGAUACUUUUGGCAAAACCUAUGAUGAAUCCACUAUUGAGCAAAGUUUUAAUAAUUUCAAAGAUAACUAUAAUUCUAUUGUUAAAGAAAAUUCAUUAAACCAAGCACCUUUUGUAACUGUUUCAUAUUCGGAUAGCAACAAAAAUGAAAAUAAUAAUAUUAAUAGAAAACUGUUCUUUAUUGAAGCUGCUCAAGUUGAGAUUCAAUUACCUAUAAACAACCAGUUCCAAGUUCAAUCUUUAAAUCAAUUCAGUGAUUUAUCUCAUGGUGAGUUUAUUUCUUACUAUACUGGUUUAGAAGAUUCCAAAGAGGAAUCAAGUCCCACUGGCAAUGGAUUAAGUAAAGGUGAAAUCAGUGGUAUUACAAUAGGUUCAGUAUUUGGGGGAUUGGGUUUCAUUGCUUUAUGUGCUUUUAUAGGAAGAAAAAUCUUUAAAUUAAAAAAAGAAGAAAAAAGAGUGGCCAAGGGAGAGCAAGAAAUUAAAAAAGUGUUUGGUGGAGUUAAUAUUAACCUUGAAGAUUUAAAACCUGGACGUCAUCAAUCAAUAACUGGUAGAGCUAUUCCAAUUGAUAAAUAA